ACAUUAUCAGUACUUAUGAAGAGCUGCUAUCUAUAUACCAGGUCGCUCCUUGAACAGGACGAAUACAUAAUAAGUCAGCAUUCAAAUCUUAUCAUAUUGAAACACAAUGAGGACACGGGUCUUUCCUAGCAAUUGGCUAUUGACACUUUUUCUGGGAUUUCUUGUCAAGGGUAGUUUUGGAUUGGAAUGCUUCAAUUGUCAACAUGUUGCCAACAUUCAGGACUGCAACACAACAACGCAAUGUGCAGCCGGAGAGUCGUGCUUCCACCAAACUGAAGGAGAGACUUCUACUCUUGGAUGUGUGAACAACCAGAACUGUACGGUGUCUUCUCUGAUUAGCCCGGGUCUGGUUGGUCGACGAUCUACCGACAUCAAACUUGGUAGGAGCUCUCCAUCCUGCCACGAAUGUUGUUCUACUCAACUCUGUAACAAACAACUGUGCGCUCAUAAUAAACCGUCAGACUGCGUUGAUGAUCCGUCUAUUGACUGCGCCAGAAUGAAUUCCAUAAUUGAUAUUUGCGGGGACGUCGACCAUGCAAAACUAAUAUGCUCUCGAUUCUGUGGUCUUUGUAAUAUUGAAUGUCCACCAAAUCACAUCUUCGACAGUGUUUCGUCGGUGUGUAUACUACUUGUAGAAACAAGCAAUUUCACCUUCAGUGAUGCAAAGGCGUACUGCAACAGUAUAGGAGACCAACUUAUUGUAAUUGAUACCAGUGAAAAGUCCGUCUUCGUGAACGAUGUGAUUCUGAAUGUAACAAAAGAACAACAAAGUGCCGAAAAUUACUGGAUAGGAGCUCACGCCUUCAAUGCUACAAGCGGCAAACAAUUUCAGUGGCUGAAUGGUCAACCCUUAGAAUUUGAAAGGUGGGGAGCUGAUGAACCUGGUUAUAAUCCAAAUGAACAAUGUGUGCUGAUAAAUGGACUUGACAAUAACCGCUGGUAUGAUACAUAUUGCACUGGGAAAUAUCGCACCAUCUGCGAACGUCUAUUAAAUCCUCACACAACAGCAGCAACAUCCAAUGCAGCUACAACUCCAAAAUCCACGACUUCAUUGAAGACAACUUCAACAUCGAUAUCGUUAUUCACAACAACAGCGACAAUAGCAACAACACAGGCUACGACAAAACAAACACCCAAGACAACGGCGACAUCAACAACGCCUUCCACAACAACAAAAGCGCCAGCACAUUGCCCAACGCAUGUUGGAUACACACUGUACGUUGAUGGACACACUCGUCUCUGUGUUCAUAUUGUCGAUGUCCACGUAAGCUGGGAGAAUGCCAAGCGACACUGUACACACGAUCAUCAUGGACGCUUGAUUGUUAUGGACAGCCAUGCCAAAUUGACUCUAAUGGCUCACCAUAAAGGCAAUCAUGAUUACUGGGUCGGGGCUACAGACCCCAGUUCUAACAAACAAUAUUCGUGGCUGAAUGGACAUCCUGUUGCCAGCAUCUUAUGGAACACUGGUCAACCAAACCAACAGGGGCAGUGUGUAGCACUUGUUGGCAACCACUUAAACGACAGAUCGUGUAAUGAAAAUUACAGAUAUAUUUGUGAAAUUCCUUUAUUAUAAAGAAGUAUUCAAAAUAAAAGGAUGUUAGAUACAGGAAACAAGAAAAAAUAUUUAACGUCGGAUAUACAUAAAUAAAUACAUCAGGC